AUGGAAACCAAUGCAAAGCCGAAGCACGAAACCAUAUCAGGGUGUGUUUCCCGCGUGGUUCAAUCCACCCAUCAUCAAAUCUCUCUACACAGCCCUCGCAGCCAUCACCAUAGCACUCACCGGGCAGAGAUCUUUGGAAAGGUUGGGGACAUGAUCAAGAAGAUUCCGCGCUCCGGAACGUCACUGCCGUGUCUAUCUCGGAACAGCUCGGCCACCAGUUUGCAAAGAAUUGAUGGAUCAGGAUCGAGCGACUCAAGAGAGAUGGCUAGGGAGGUGAGAGAAAACAGCUCUAGCAUUGGCUCCUCGCACAAGGAGAAAGGCUCCGGAGAGAGCUUUGGCUCGUCACUAAAGCUGAAAAACUCUUUCGAUUCCCUCAGAGACUCCUCCAAAAGCAAAGACUCUCUGAAGGAUAGUAAAGACAGCUCGUUGAAACAUCUUCUCAACGACUCAAGCACCUCGAGCUUUACUCCUUUGCACUUCAUGUCGAACCUCAACCCCAACCCGAUGCACACGUACCCGGUGCCAACAAACACACACGUGCACGCGGAGCCAGCAGCCCAGCCAAAGCACCAUUUUUUGAGCUUGCUCCCGACCUACACCCAUGCCCAGCCUCCAGCCUCUGUCUCCCGUCUGCUUGACCUGACACCAAAACCCCCCGUGAAGGAAACAAAGCACGUUUCGCUUGAAUAUGACCCGAUUUCCAAGCGCAAAGUACUCAACACGUACGAAAUUAUCCGCGAGUUAGGCCGUGGACAGCACGGAAAGGUGAAGCUCGCCAAAGAUCUCGUCGCUAACGAAUUCGUGGCGAUAAAGAUUGUUGACCGGUGCGCUAAACCACAAGUAGGCAGGCUCGUCACCCCAGGAUCCUCACAGGAAGACAAAAUCAAGCGUGAAAUCGCCAUCAUGAAGAAGUGCGACCAUCCGCACGUGGUGCAGCUCCGUGAGGUGCUAGAUGAUGUCAACUCUCGCAAGAUCUACCUCGUGCUUGAGUAUCUUGAGACGGGCGAGAUUGUUUGGCAGGCAGAAAAUGGGCCCGCCUUGACGUUUGUCAAGGCCCGCUCCGUGUUCCGCGACGUGGUCCAGGGGCUAGAAUAUCUCCACUACCAAGGCAUCAUUCACCGGGACAUCAAGCCCGGUAAUUUACUCGUCAGUAGCGACGGAGUCGUGAAGAUCAGUGACUUUGGGGUGAGUUUUGCGAGUGAUUUGGACAGCAACACGAAUGAAUUUGAGUUGUGCAAAACCGCUGGGACUCCCGCGUUCUACGCUCCGGAGUUGUGUGCGACAAACUUUGAAACAGAAGACGUGUUGGAGGAAAGCGACGGUCAUAUUACCUCUCAAGGCAAUCCGGAUGGUCAGGGUUUACUGUUGGGUACUUCCGAUUUCAGAAGAGACCCUUCCGAGGCUUCCGCCGGCGUGGACACAAAACUUGGUGAGCAUCCAGAGAUAACCCCGCAAACGUCUCGAGAACGAUUCCGCCCCAACAUCACCCACAAAGUCGAUAUCUGGGCGCUCGGGGUCACUCUCUACUGCCUUCUCUUCGGCCAGCUUCCAUUCAACUCCCCCAAUGAGUUUGGCCUCUUUGACGUGAUUGCGCACAAGGCGCUUGAGUUUCCGGAAAAGCCCGCCGCUGUAUCCGCAAAAGAGUUUGAAUGGUGCAAGGACCUUUUGUGCAAGCUCCUUGAGAAGAACCCUGACCGCCGUAUCGAUAUUCCCGAGAUCAAGAGUCAUCCGUUUGUGCUCUCCGACUUGACCCCCAUUGCAUCGCGCCUCUUCUCGCAUUCGUACGACUUGCUCGAAACCACCAAGAUCGACGUCUCCAACGAGGAGGUGGAAGUUGCGGUGUUGAAGAUCGGCUCCAAAAUUAAAAAGUCGCUAGCCAGGGCCUUUAUCAAGUUUGCUGGAAUGAGUCCCAUCCCCCCUGCCACCUCCCGGAAGCCCUCCCCGCUCCAUAAGCGCCCCGGCUCCGCCCCGCGCACCCUCAUGGACCGCUUGGGCUCGCCUAUCAUGAGUGUGAGCCACUUGCACUCCGCCGGAGCCUCUGCCCGCUCCGCGUCACCUGUCCACGUCCACCAACGCCCCGGAUCCGAGGAGACGUCGGUCGUCCAACAGACCCACCGCGAGCGCAGCUCUUCUGGGGCCUCCGGUUCUUUACCCUCCAGCUCUGUUGCCUCCGAUAAGGCUCUGAUUCCGGCUUUGCCUGCCAGGAUGCAGGAACGCCGGGCGUCGGUGGUUUCACUCCCGGUGAACACCAGUUUCGACUCCCUCGACAGCUUCACUGACGACUACCUUCACCAGAAGUACGGCGAAGCUGCCGACGUGGUUGAGGAGCCUGGCUUAAACCAGGCCUUAGCCAGUCUCACCGUUGACCCUCUUUCGCUUAAGGAGGCUAUUUCGCGGUCCCUCCACGAUGACAUGUACGUAGAUAGCGUAACACCCGUGGUGUCUAAGCCCUCCAGCGGGUCUGAGUCUACGAUGGUGGGCAGUUUGGGAGUCAAGUCAGACAGUGGACUCAAAUCGGAGCUCAGGUCAACGGUAGACGGCUUCAGGCCAACGAUAGAAAGCUCGGGUCUCCGAGUCCCGGUUCAGUCGCCUGCCCCGAAGCGCACGAGCCAAUACUCUGGAUUCGAUUCGCCGGAUUCCGACAGUGACAGCGACAACGAAUUGACAUUCGCGUUUGGCAGCCGGUCGGAUCUCGGCGAGAAGCGCGUCAUCCGCAAACGUGUGAUGUCGCACGAGUCCAACGUCCCCCGCCCGUUGUCGCCAUCGAUCAUCGACAUGGAGAUCCCGAUGGAGCUCCAGGCGGAGAUGGUGGACAUGCCUGACUUGCUUAUGAACGAUUCUGCCGCCACACUCAAAAUCCUGUCUUCCCAGACUUCCACCGCGAAGGAAGAACAGGCUCCUGUGAAAGUUUUAUCGCCGUUGUCGCAAGUAUGUAUGCUGACCGUGUCGAUAGACGAGGUGGCCUCUCAUGAAAGCAUCUUCCCGAUGGACGAUGUGCGGUUUGAGUUGUCGGAGGAAGACAGGGCCCGCUACCAGAACCACUACAACAAGGAGCAUAUUGUGUUGACGUCGAACGGAUACAAGUAUCCGGACACCAAGAACACCAACGCGAACGCCCAGGUGCUUUCGCGCAAUGGCGCGGGCCGGGUAAGAAGCAGCUCAAUUACCGUGGGGAUUUUGUCCGAGUCAAAGUACAACAAGACGUUUCUUUUGGGAGGGGAUGAGAGCGAGAGUGAAUAA